GGGUGGGACGUCACCCUGCUGAUUGGUCGGAAGGCCAUGAAGCUUUGUGAGGUCACUGGGCUUCCAGGCCUGGCUGGGGCAGGACUUUGGCAGAGAUGCUGCCAACUGCCGUUCUGCUGGUCUUGGCAGUAUCUGUGGUCGCCAGAGAUAACACCACGUGUGAUGGCCCCUGUGGGAUACGGUUCAGGCAGAACCGGCAGGGGGGCAUGCGGAUCAUCGGCGGGCAAGACGCUGCCCACGGGUCCUGGCCCUGGAUGGUCAGCCUCCAGAUCUUCACGUACCACAACAACCGGCGGUACCACGUGUGUGGAGGCUCCCUGCUGAACGCCCACUGGCUGCUCACUGCCGCUCACUGCUUCAGGAUCAAAAAAAAAGUGACCGACUGGAGGCUGAUUUUUGGAGCUAAGGAAGUUGAGUGGGGGAGCAAUAAGCCAGUGAAGCCACCUCUGCAGGAGAGAUAUGUUGAGAAAAUCAUCAUUCAUGAGAAAUACUCCGCGAGCUCAGAGGCCAACGACAUUGCUCUCAUAAAGAUCACCCCUCCUGUUAUCUGUGGGCACUUCAUUGGACCAGGCUGCCUGCCUCAGUUUAGGGCAGGCCCACCCAGAGUUCCCCAGACAUGCUGGGUGGCUGGCUGGGGAUUCUUAAAAGAGAAUGCCCGCAGGACAUCACCUGUGCUGCAGGAGGCGCACGUGGACCUUAUCGACCUCGACUUAUGUAACUCGACCAGAUGGUACAAUGGGCGCAUUCGUUCAACCAACGUGUGCGCAGGGUACCCUGAAGGCAAGAUUGACACCUGCCAGGGGGACAGCGGCGGGCCUCUCAUGUGCAAAGACAGCGUGGAAAACAGCUAUGUGGUCGUGGGAAUCACAAGCUGGGGGGUAGGCUGUGCCCGAGCUAAGCGCCCUGGAGUCUACACGUCUACCUGGUCCUAUCUGAACUGGAUUGCCUCCAAGAUAGGCUCUAACACGGUGCACAUGAUUCAGUUGCCCACCACUCCCCCUGCUUCUACUCCAGCAGCCCAAGCAAGCCCUGGCUCGGUUCAGCCUUCCAUUCGCCCACCUUGGUUCUUCCAACACGUUCCUCGACCACCUCCCUCUCAGCAAGCUGUUGCCGUGGCCCAACCCCCACGUCCCUUAAGCCCCCAACCCUCAGUCCCACCUCCCCCCCCACCCCCACGACCACCCCCACCGCAGCCUUCCACUAGGCCUCCCCAGGCACUCUCCUUUGCCAAGCGACUGCAGCAGCUCAUAGAGGUCUUGAAGGGAAAGACCUUUCUUAACGAAAAGAGCAAUUAUGAAAUGGAAGCCACAGGCCUUCCAGGACAACAUGCCUCCUCCUGAUCUGAAGCCAUUCUCAACGGACCCAGUGAAGCCCUCACUCCUGAGGGAAAAAAAGAUGAAAUAAAUGGAUAUAAAUACAAAUAUAAAUAUAUAUACACUAAGAGACGCUUUCUGGACUUCUUCCUGUAUGCCCUCCCCAACUUAAUCCCUCAUCAAGUCUACCCUGCCUCCAUUCACCCUUGUAUUGUACUAAUGCUGUUGACUUUAAAAAAAAAAACAAACACAACGUGAGUUGUGAGUUAAGUUUUAUUUGGGGCAAAAUGAAGACUCUAGCAUGAGAAACGGCACUUGAGAUAGCUCUGAGAAACUGCUCCAAAGAGGCAGUGGGGGAAGGUCAGUAGCUGUGAGAUUUUUGGUGAAGGGGGAGUACAUGCAAUCAAGCACAUUUUAUUUAGAGCUUUCUGCUGGUCUCCUGAAGAUUCCUGCUGGUCAUGAGGAGCAGACAUCAUCCUGAAGGAUUUUAGUGCUACUCUAGAUAUGAGGAGAUUGAAGAGUUGGCUUCGUAAAGCCAGCUCCUGAAAAUAUCUAACUGUCUGAAGACCGGUCCUGUUAGUUUUCCUGGAGCGCCAAGAGCCUCAUUUCUGCCCUCCACCCUAAACUCUGCUCAGAGGGUGUUGAAGGUCAGCGGCUGGAGCGGCGCCUGAGUUCAUUCUUGUGGAGGUGGAUGGCAAGUGCCAGCUUGUAGUUGCCAAAGUCAGCUGUGGUUUUUAACUAGAACAAGAUGACCUGGGGUCAUAGUCCAGGUAAUUAUUAAAUGCUGGUGUCUCUGCAUAUUAAAUCAAGGGGCCGCACACUCCCUUGAGGUGAGCUGACUGAAAAUGAAGGAUGUGGGUCCAAGUCUGCUGGAGGCCAUGCUCUCCUGGUGCAGAGAGACAGACCCACGAGAGGCCUCUGUCUUUAGUUGUGUCUUCUCUCCUCCUCGAGGUGGAAAAUUUCCCCCCUGGGCCUGUGAUCUGCAGCUGACACUUGGGUCUCCUUCCUGGAGGGACAGGGCUAAGCUCAAGAAGCACUCUGCCGGGAGCCUGCAGAGAACAGGCAGUGGGUUCUCGUAUGGCUUGUGCAAGCUUCUCAUGCACGUGAAUAGAACCUAAUCCCCUUCUUCUAUUUUCCUUGUCCAUAUUACUCUUUGACUUCCUUUUCCAUUUAUCAAAUGCAGACAUUUCCAUAUUAGCACACGUGGACCCCUGUCUCUAACUGUGCUCCACAACAGGGGCAUUUAUGAGCCCGUGGUGUCCCAGAAGGGGACUUCUAGUCUUUCAACACAUUUCCCCACAUCUAAGCCAACACUGGUUCACAGCAAAUUCAUCAAUCCUUGCCAACCUAACUGAUGCUUACAUUUUCGUUUUUAAAUUAUGAAUGAGGCUGUUUGUAAGUGAAGUGAGACUCUCUGAUCUGCCUUCAUGUUCCUGCGGAUGCUCUAGCCCUGAGAACGGCUCACAGAUUCUGGAGCAGAAGGCUCUGCACGGGGACAGGAGGAGCAGGAGGAAAUGGAACAGCUGUGUGCAGAACCCCCAAAAGGGGUCAGGCAUCUGAGGAAUAUGCUUACUUCCUUACAGGAUUCUCAGGCAUGACCAGUAUUCUCAAAAGUUAGAAUUCGUAAUUAAACUUAUUGCUAGGAAGAAUAGCAGAAAAUGAUUCAACAAUGGCUAAACUCGCACAUGGUGAAACUCAGACACUGGAAAACCAGGCAUGUUAGGAAUAACAGGUAAAGGGGCAGAAGUUCUAACUGUGAAUUUGAUCAGUACGUGACAUCUAAUAUUCACAAAGAAAAAGCUGAAUGAACCAAUGAAUAUAAUUGUAGUACAUUUUAAAUGAAAGUGUAAAAAAUGGAGGUAGUUCAUUUUUAAUAUGAGCAAGAAACCGAAGCUAGCUUCUUGAUGUUUUCUGAAGAAACUACAUUCUUGGUAAAGAAUCAUCACUGACCCUCUCUGGUUACCGAUGAGUCUUCGCGUGGAGACGUGCUUUCAGAGUGGAAUGGCUGGGUGGUGCGCUAGGGGUAAGCUUUGCUCUGUGACUGCAGCCCAAAGGUGUCAGCGCCAUCAAUGUAGUGAGCAUAUCCACCACUCCCCAGAGUUUCCUUGUGGGACCUUGUAAUCCCUCCAGCCCUUUCCUCCCUGGCUCCAGACAGUCUCCAAUUUGCUUUUUCUCAUUAUGUAUUAAGUUGGAUUUCUGAAGAUUUUAUACAAAUGGAAUCACACAUCAAGUAGUUCUUUUUGUCUAGCUUCAUUCAGCAUAAUCAUUUUGAGAUUCAUCUAUACGGCAGUGUGUUCAGCAGUCCAUUCCUUUUUAUCGCUGACCUUGUCAUCACACAGCUAUCCCAG